UUACCAAAAUACGCUUUAUUUCGCCCGAGAUCCCAGUAUAAAGUGAUGUUUUAGUCCACACAUCGAGUGAUAAAUUGCCGUACAGUUCAUAUCACGAGAGAUUUCUAUCCAGCAUUUGAAAAAUGUACAACUUUGCCACAAGAAAACACUCAGGAAAUCCCUUCUUCCGCCCAUGGCUGGACAAUCACGGCGCCGCGGCGGCGGCCGGCGGUGGCGCUGGCACAAGUGUUAAGGGCAUCGUAGCCGGCGGCAUCACGGGUGGCAUCGAGAUUUGCAUCACAUUCCCCACCGAAUACGUGAAGACACAGCUGCAACUGGACGAAAAGGGAGCCGUGAAGAAAUACAAUGGAAUCUGGGAUUGCGUGCAGAAGACCGUGCGAACCAAUGGCUUCUUCGGCCUGUAUCGCGGCCUCAGCGUGCUGCUGUACGGCUCCAUCCCCAAGUCGGCGGUGCGCUUCGGCGCCUUCGAGAAGUUCAAGAGUCAGAUGGUGGACGAGAAGGGUCAAUUGUCCACCGCUGGCAAGCUGUCGGCCGGCCUGGGCGCCGGUGUGGCCGAGGCGAUCUUCGCCGUGACGCCGAUGGAGACGAUCAAGGUGAAGUUCAUCAAUGACCAGCGCAGCGCCAAUCCCAAGUUCAAGGGCUUCUUCCACGGCGUGGGCGCCAUCGUGCGCCAGGAGGGCCUCUCUGGUGUGUACAAGGGCCUCACGGCCACCAUCAUGAAGCAGGGCUCCAACCAGGCGAUCCGCUUCUUCGUCAUGGAAUCGCUUAAGGAUUGGUACAAGGACGGCGAUCCACAGAAGCCCGUGCCGAAGCUGGUCGUGGGUGGCUUCGGUGCCAUUGCCGGUGCGGCGUCGGUGUUUGGCAACACGCCAAUCGACGUAGUGAAGACGCGCAUGCAGGGCCUCGAGGCGGCCAAGUACAAGAGCACGGCGGACUGCUUCAUGAAGAUCUGGCGCAACGAGGGCCCGAUGGCCUUCUACAAGGGCACCGUGCCGCGCCUCAGCCGCGUGUGCCUGGACGUCGCCAUCACCUUCAUGAUCUACGACUCCUUCAUGGAGCUCUUCAACAAGUUCUGGAAGUAGUGACGCAUCUUCUUAGCUCAGCGCUGUGCUUAAUUUCUCCAAAUUCAUGCGCACUUUGUUUCUCCGUUUAUUUAUUCGCUCUUCUAUUGCCAAACUCUCGUUUCAUUCUUCGCUAUGAGCGCUAAUUUUCCCAUUUCUUGUUUCUGCCGUCAGGAAAUCCGUUGUGAAAAUGAAUGAAAAAUGUUAAUAACUCUGGAGGAAGGAAUAUUUAUACAGCAGCACGUGUUAAAAUGGUUUCAAAGAAAGAAAAAAAACACCCCAUAUCUUCCCUCAACGAGAAUUUUGUGACAUUUUUAUACAGGUUAAGCCGAGAUUUAAACGGGUUCAAUAAUAACACAUUCCGGAAAUGAUGAUACUUUAUUCAGGCAUUUAUAUUUAAUAUAAUAUUUUUUUAUGAUCUUGUUUUCUGUUACUGUUUUUUUGCAACUCUCUGCCUAAUGUUUUGCACCGAUGCCGAAAAAAAUGUAUCUAGUCUUUGACAUGAUGUUAAAUCAAUAUUUGUUCUUAAUUUCGAAUUGUUUCAUCUUGAAUUUGAGAGAUCAUGAGAUGGUUUAUUGGAAGUUGUUAAUCGAUUUAUUGCCAAUUUUGUGUUUCAUUCAUUAAAAAAAGAAAUCAUGUGGAAAAUAAAUUUUUGAAAAUUGUAAA